AUGAGGACUAUCGUGGUCUUCAUGUGGAUUGUGUCCCUCGUGGGCAGUGAGAAACUCAAAUAUGAACCCAACUUCACUGAGAGCCUGACACAUGUCUACAAGUAUGAAGGUGUUAUACUGACGGGACUCCCAGAAGGUGGUCUGAGCAGGGCGGGAGUGAAGAUACACUGUGGCUUGUCCAUUAUUCCAGAGGGACACACCAUGUACCUGCUCAAGGUGACGGAUGUCCAGAUGUUGGAGUAUAACGGUGUUUGGCCAACCGACCCCUUCAUCCUGGGCCGCAAACUGACCCAGAGACUGGCCCCAGAGCUCAGCAAGCCCGUGAGGUUCGAGUACAUCAACGGGCGGGUGGGAAAGGUCUUUGCCCCGGCCAACCUGCCUGAAGACAUCCUCAACAUCCACAGAGGCAUCCUCAACAUCUUCCAGAUCACCAUCAAGAAGGCUCAGAAUUUCUACGAGUUGCAGGAGGCUGGAAUUGAAGGCGUUUGUCGUACAAACUACAUUGUUCAGGAAGACAAGAAGGCCAACCGCAUCACCAUCACCAAAUCGAAAGAUCUCAACAACUGCCAGGAGAAAGUGAUGCUGUUCACUGGGGCCGCCUACGCCAGUCACUGCCCUGCCUUUCAAGAGAGAGGCAGGAAUAUCCGAGCCUCCGUGACCUUCACCCAUGUCCUGAAGCCCACUGCUGCCGGGGCCAUCCUGCAGGAAGCCAAGGUCCGGGAGGUGCAUCAGUUCACUCCCUUCCAUGAACUGGAUGGAACGGCCAUCAUUGAGGCCAGACAGAGCCUGGUGCUGGUCGAUGUCAAGAGUGCGGUGUUCGUCGUGCCUCACGAUGAGUUCGUCCAACGAGGAACCCUGAAAUAUCGCUACCACCAGGGGGUGCUGCACAAACCGUUACAAUUAAGCCGCCCGCAAAAUGUUGAGAAGGCGAUACUGGAAACCCUGAAGACCUUGGAAGCCCACAGCGUGGAGAAUGUCCGCCCCGACACGCCGGCCAAGUUCCUGCAGCUCGUUCAGCUCCUCCGCUCCGCCCCGCAGACGACCACAGCCAGCGUGUGGGACAAAAACUGCCCCCUCCAUCGACGUUGGAUUCUGUUUGCGCUUCCUGCUGUGGGAACAGCCGAUGCUCUCCGCUUCAUCACAACCAAGAUCCAGCGGCUGGAGAUCACGAUGCAGGAGGCAGCUCAGACCCUGGCCCUGGCCCUGCAUCAAGUGAUCGCUGAUCUCCACACCCUGCCCUUAGUCACAGAACUGCUGGGCGUGAUACACGUACAACAAUCGGCCAUCCUGCGCCCAAUCAUAGUCCUUGGCUACGGCUCCAUGGUUUACCGCUACUGUGCUCACCGCAUCACCUGCCCCGACCACGCACUUAAAGUUCUCCACGAUCUCCUUGCCGACGCCGUCGCCCAUGGUAACGAGGAGGACAUGGCCCUGGCCCUGAAGGCCAUCGGUAACGCAGGCCAGCCCAUCAGCAUCAAGCACAUCGUGAAGCUCCUGCCCUGGCCCAGAUCCUCGGCCCCCAACGUCCCCCUCAAGAACCAGGUGGACGCCAUCAUGGCCCUGCGCAACAUUCUGAAGAAGGACCCAACAAAGAUACAAGUCAUCACGCUGCAUAUCUUCAUGGACCAACGCAACGCCCCGGAGCUGCGGAUGGCUGCCUGUGCAGUGUUUCUCUGCACCAAGCCGCCCCUCAACGCCCUGCUGCUCCUCGCCAACUCCCUGAUGAAGGAGAGCAGCUUGCAGGUGGCCAGCUUUGCCUACUCGCAGCUCCGAUCACUGGCCAGGAGCUCACUCCCCUCCCUCUACCCGCUGGCUGCAGCCUGCAAGAUGGUGGUGAAGUUCUUGGGAGCAAGGUUCGAUCGGCUCGGUCUCCGCUUCAGUCAGAGUUUACACCUCGAUGGUUUCAGCUAUAAGCUGAUGACAGGAGUGUCUGGGAAAGUGCUCCUGAUCCACAACGAGGGGAGCAUCAUCCCGUCAAUGGCAGCGGCCAAGGUGUCGGGGCACACGUUGGGAGGUGUCUUUGAUCUCAUGGAGGUGGGUUUACGAAUGGAAGGUCUCCAGGAAGUGAUUACAAAAAGUCGCGAGCGUUUCAGUGGGGUUCCAGACCUGAAGCAGAUUCAACGCAUCUUAAACAAGUUUCCUGAUCUGAAACCAGCUGCACAAACAGUUCCUCUGGCAUCGGUUUACUUCAAGAUGUUUAACCAGGAGAUCGGUUUUGUUGACUUCAGGAGGGAUUAUAUUCACAAAGCUCUCCAAUCACUCAGCGGGAUGGAUGGGAAACGGGGAAUGCUGAGGAAAGUCUUGGAGCGGCUGAGGAAGCCGCUGGAACUGCGCCCGGGCGCGGCGCUGGUGGCGAUGGAGCUGCGUCGCUUUGUGCCGACGUGCGUGGGCAUGUCCACCGAACUCACCCUGGUCUCAGCGGCCGUGGCCAAGGCCGACGUCAACGUUGAAGCCAAGAUCCCGGCGUCCACCUCAUCGUUGACCCAGUUGCUCAAUGCCGACAUUGAACUGAAGACGCAGAUUAACCUGAGUGUGGCCAUUCACAGCAAGGCCGUGCUGGGAAUAAACACUCCCUUCCUGCAGUCCGGUCUGGAGCUCACCGCGAAAAUGCACUCUGCCCUGCCGCUGGAUGUAUCGGUGAAGAUGAAUGUCAAGGAGGGAAGUCUGCGGAUGGACAGCCUGCCCGUACAGCAGGAGAAGCAGAUCAUCACCCUGAAAUCUGAGGUGUUUGCUGUUUCAAGAAGCAUUGAGAAUUUGGUGCCAGUGAAAGUGUCGCCCAUCUUGCCCGGAGUUAAGGAGGCCAACAUUGUACAUCAGAAGUUCAAGUCUUCACAAGAGGCUCGGAGCGAAGCGGACAUUUAUUCUACAUUGGGAAUGGACGGAGCAGAGUGUUUGGACAAAGCCCAGCGUCCGGCUCCAAAGCCCAGCCACCUGACAUCGUGCGUCAGCAUGACCACCUUUGGCCUGGAGAUGUGUCUGGGCACCAAGGUUGCAAACGCCCUGUAUGUCCGACACAGCCCUCUCUACAGGCUGCUGGGAACCCACGCCGCCAGGCUGCUCGUCAAACCAGUCCCUGCGCACGCACCAAUCACCAAGUUAACGCUGGAGCUCCAGACCGGAUCCAAAGCUGCUUCAAAAAUGAUUCGCCCGCUGGAGAAAGAGGAGUUACCCCUUCAACAAACUCCUGGAAAAAACGUGUUCAUGAAAACGACACGCUCGCAGUCCAGGUUACAAAAUGGCACUGAGAUUGGGAGUUCUUCAUCCAGCAGUCAUUCACAGCAGGGAAGCAGCUGGUCCUGGAGCAGUUCCUCGUCGAGCGGGCAUAGGAGCGGCCACAAGGCGGGUGGUCAGCGGCACUGGUCAUCGGCCCACGGCAGCGGACAGCACUCCCACUCUGUGUCGGGCAGCAGGAGAAUAAACACGGACUUCUUCGAAAUGAAGUUCAAUUCCGUUCACACCAGCGAGGUGGCAAGCAAGAGGCAAUCAGCUGGUAGAACCUUGAGCUCAAAGACCAGGCAGCAGCCCAGCAGCAGUCAAUCUUCUGAAGAGCUGCUGUCGGAGGAGCUGGGAACCCCCUCGCUCACCAUCAUUGCCAAAGCCACGACGUCUGAUGGCAGGCUGCAGGGUUACCAGCUGUCUGGCACGGUGGGUAGCGCCAGGGGCAGGACCAGGGUGCAGCUGCGCAUUGUGGAGCUGGCAGAAGACAGCCGCUGGAAGAUGUGUGUGGACGCUGCCAGUCCCAACCCACACAAGGCCAUGGUGAUGUACAGAUGGGGUGAGAAUUGCCAGCGGUAUAAGAUGGAAUACCAGGCAUCACUGGGCUACCUUGCAAACCUCCCAGCUAUCAAACUAAAAACGACAUGGAACUCUAUUCCCGAGGGAUGUAUCACCGGAGGAAGAGUCGUUGGGUCAGCUGCUGCCUAUCUACUGGGAUUCUCCAACCAAUUUAAAAGCAAUCCAUCUCGCCAGAUCACACAGCUGAUUGCCCUGACCUCUCCACGGACCAUAGACACAAUCGUCAAGCUGCCCAGGUUUACCCUGUAUUAUCAGGGCUUGGAGUUGCCUUUGCCGUUCCAUGUUCCUACGAUAGAGCCCAUGCUGCGAUCUCAAGGUUUCGAGAGCAUUGCUGAAAUUCCACGACUUCUGCUGACAAUGAACCAAAGGGCAUGUGUGGCCAACAAUGACCAGGUCAUCACCUUUGACAGCAACGUGCUGAGCUACAAAAUACCCAAUGACUGUUUCUACGUUCUGGCCAAAGACUGCUCGACUUCCCCGACCUUUGUGUUGUUGAUGAGGCGUGCCAUGGGUCAGCGGGACAAGAAGGCGAUCAAACUGCUUCUGUCAGCGCCCAACACCAUCAUUGAAGCCUUUCCCACACGGGAUGGAGUGAAGGUCUUAGUGGAUUCUGCUGAAGCCCCUCUGGGUGAACAACCACAGGUGUUGAGAGAUAUCGUGACAAUUCAAAGGAACGGAAUGGGAAUCACUCUGCAAGCCCCGUCCAUCAAUAUUGAAAGGCUGUACUUCAAUGGAGACCAAGUUCAGAUUGUCGUGGACCAGAUGAUGAGCAAGACGUGUGGAAUCUGUGGCCUUAACAACGAUGAGAAGAAAAUGAUGAUGCCCAGCCGGGAGGUCGCCGAGGACCAGGACCGUCUCUUUGAGUCCUGGUUGUGUUCGGGAACGUCGUGCAAGGACGAUUGCAAAGUAAGGCGGGACUUUGUGGAACUAGGAACUGUGGUGGAGUUUGAAGGACAGGCAUCCAGAUGCUAUUCUGUAGAACCAGUACAACGGUGCCUGGCAGAAUGUACACCCAUGGAAACACGAUCUCGCCGUGCCCGCUUCCACUGCUUGGCAGCCAAUCAGACCGUGACUGCCUCUACCAUCUCCACCUUCCGCUGGAAGCCCGGACACGUGAGUUACCCAACGCAAACCCACGCUGACUGCUGGUGCCAGUGUUCCACAGCGUGAAGACCUCUCGUCCAGCCCGCGUAGACUUGCUCCUCCUCGUCUCCUCUGCCCAGCCCUGC